UGCAGGAUAGGAUCCAUGAUGGAAUUGGAGUCAUGCGUGCCACCAGGCUUUAGAUUUCAUCCGACUGAGGAAGAACUUGUAGGAUAUUACCUCAGGAGAAAGAUUAACUCCCUCAAAAUUGAUCUAGAUGUUAUUAUCGAUAUUGAUCUAUACAAGAUGGAGCCAUGGGAUAUGCAAGCUAGAUGUAAGCUAGGCUACGAUGAACAAAGCGAGUGGUAUUUCUUCAGUCAUAAAGACAGGAAGUAUCCAACAGGAACACGAACUAAUAGAGCUACUGCAGCUGGAUUUUGGAAAGCAACAGGGAGGGACAAAGCUGUUCUUUCAAACAACAAAAUUAUAGGGAUGAGAAAGACUCUCGUUUUCUACAAGGGUCGUGCACCUAAUGGUAGGAAGACAGAUUGGAUCAUGCACGAGUAUCGACUGCAAACUUUUGAACACGGACCGCCACAGGAAGAAGGAUGGGUGGUGUGCCGAGCAUUUAGAAAGCCAAGUCCUAAUCACAGGCAAGGCUUUGAAGCAUGGAACCAUGCUUACUAUAUCAAAGAUAACAGCCAAAUUAGGCCUCCAAUAUCGAUUUCAGAUAUAAGAAGCACAUCUCAUCAUCUUCAUACGAAUCAAGGAUCAAGUUUUUAUGAAUCCUAUGGUUCAGAACAAGAGCUUGUUUCCAAUAACCACAAUUUUUUGGACAGCCAACAAGUCAUUGAACUUCCACAACUGGAUAGCCCUACUACUCUUUCACCAAGUUUAGCAGCAAAAGAAGGUUUCCAGGAGAACCUUGUAACAAAAGCGGAUUGUGAUGAAGAAAAGAGCAAUAACAGUAGCCAAUACAUUGACUGGAAAAACUUGGACUACUUGCUUGCCUCACCGCUGACUGAUACAACAUCUUAUCCUUAUCAAACUGCAGCAGUAAUACCCCAAAACUAUGAACCAGAUGCUCAAGAACACGUUAGCCAUCUGCUUGGUUGCUCCCUCGAUCAUAGUGGAAGCCCAAAGUUUUACAAUUGAUUUAUCCAAGAUGCUCAUUGACAAAGCUAAAACUCCUGUCUCAAAUUAAUAGGAACUAAGUUUGAAAAUGCUUCAGAUUUACAAAAUAUAUAAUAAUUGAAUUGCUAAAAGUAGAGUACAUGUAGGAGAGAAAGAAUGGGCUUGAUAUGAUAAAAAGAGGAGACUUCCUGCAAGCUUUAGGGUGUAUGUAGAAAGUUUCAAUUCACGCUUUUUUCAUUUGCCAUGUUCACAAAAUUGUAUAUCGCGCAAUAGUGCAU